AUGACAUCGAAAAUCACGAAAAAUACACCAAAAGAAACCAUAGAUAUAUCUUUAAACGAGAAGAGGAAGGGUCAAAUACUAGAGAAGAUAGAUGAUGAAGUUUUAAAUGUGAAUAAACUACGGAACACACUAAAAUCCAAAUCACAACCAAUUUCAAUAGAAGACGAAAUUAAGAUACAAGAUAAAUCAGAAGAAAUUAUAGAUGAAGAUUGGCAAGCUACAACAGAAUACUACAAAAACAUAGACAAAAAGGCAUUUAGACAGUAUGAGCUAGCAUGUGAUAGAGUUAAAGAAUUUUAUGAAGAACAACAUGAAAAACAAACAGUAGCUUAUAAUAUUCAAGCAAGAAUUAAUUUCAAGACCAAGACAAGAGAUAAAAUGUCCGUAUGGGAAGGAUUGGAGAAAUUGAACAAAUUGUUAGAUGAUAGUGAUCCAGAUACUGAAUUAUCUCAAAUAGAUCAUGCAUUACAAACUGCUGAGGCUAUUAGAAAAGAUGGUAAACCACGUUGGUUUCAAUUAGUUGGAUUAAUUCAUGAUCUAGGUAAAUUGUUAUACUUCUUUGAUUCAAAAGGUCAAUGGGACGUAGUUGGUGAUACUUUCCCAGUUGGUUGUAAAUUUUCAAAAAGAAUAAUAUUUCCAGCAAGUUUUGCUAAAAAUUCUGAUUUUUUAAAUCCAUUAUAUAAUACAAAGUAUGGAAUAUAUUCCAAACAUUGUGGAUUAGAUAAAGUAAUGUUAAGUUGGGGUCAUGAUGAAUAUAUGUAUCAUGUUGCUAAAAAACAUUCAACUUUACCAAAAGAAGCUUUGGCUAUGAUUAGGUAUCAUUCUUUUUAUCCUUGGCAUCAAGAAUUUGCUUAUUCUUAUUUAAUGAAUGAUGAAGAUAAAGAAAUGUUAAAAGCUGUUAAAGCUUUUAAUAAGUAUGAUUUGUAUUCUAAGAUUGAUAAAGUUUGUGAUAAUGUUGAUGAAUUGAAACCUUAUUAUUUGGAGUUGAUUGAUGAAUUUUUCCCAGAAAGAAUCAUUGAUUUUUAA